GUCACGCCUGAACGCUGAUUGACGAUCUUUCGCCGCGGAUCAUCGCGUUUACACAGAGUGCUAUCGAUUGACCGCAGAACCACAAUGGAAGUGUCGGCCCCACAUGCCCUACCCUUUCCGUUCUGGCCAGAAGCCGCAGACCAGGACAACCAGAUUGAGCAGGACGACGAGCUGGGUGAGCUGCUUGUAGAGAAAAUUGACACAUGCCCCAGUGAGAACGGUGCCAAUCAUCGGACGGACAAGUUCGAGCUUAUGCACCGAUCGGCUCCACGGCUGAUCGUACGACGGGGCCAGGAUUUUGUGGUGAAACUCGUGUGCAAUAGGCAGAUUAAAGCGAAAACCGAUGCCAUUUCGCUCGUCCUUUCGGUCGAUCCGAUCGAUGAAGAGUGGAUCAGCCACGGGCACGGUACGGUCGUGUAUCUGUUGCUGCAAACCGAGGACACCGUGGACGCAGAUCACGAUUCCGAUUGGUCGGCCAAAUUGGAAGGCGUGCGUCCGAUUGAAGGGAAUUUAGUUGAGCAUCUCGUUGCGAUAAGGACUUCCCCGAGCGCAUCCGUGUCAAGGUGGACACUGUCGGUGAACGUUAAAUCCGGGGCCCCACAAGUUGAAGCCGUCGUCUAUCAGCUUGAUCAGCCGUUCUACUUGCUGUUCAAUCCGUGGUGCGAAAGCGAUCCCGUAUUUCUCGAGGACGAAGAUCAACGAAGAGAGUACGUGCUCGAGGAUAUGACCAUGCUGUGGAAAGGCAACGAGCGUAGCUUUUACGCCACCCAAUGGAAACUGGGACAGUACGAAGAAGACAUUCUCGACUGCACGCUUUUGUUGUUGGGCCGUGUGGCGCGACUAUCGGCCACGUUCCGUGGCAAUCCGGUCAAGGUAUGCCGGGCACUUUCGGGUGUGGUAAACAGCAACGAUAACUAUGGAGUUGUGGCCGGUAAUUGGAGUGGUAAGUACGAGAACGGUACGGCACCGACAACGUGGACCGGUUCGGUCAAGAUCCUGCAGCAGUACUACGCAACCGAGAAUCCGGUCCCGUACGGGCAGUGCUGGGUGUUCGCCGGGGUCCUGGGUACCCUCUGCCGUGCGCUCGGUAUUCCGUGCCGUAUCGUGACUACCUUUUCUUCGGCACACGACACCGAGGCGUCACUCACGAUCGACGUGUACCUGGACGAAGAGGGCAACGUCAUGCGCAACUUUUCACGUGACUCCGUCUGGAACUAUCACGUGUGGAACGAGGUCUGGCUGAAGCGCAACGAUCUUGGCACCCCGGAGUACGAUGGGUGGCAAGUGAUCGACGGUACACCGCAGGAAUUUUCCGACGGAUCCUACAAGCUCGGACCGGCUCCGGUGGCCGCGAUCAAAAACGGCCAGGUGAACGUACUCUACGACAGUGAUUUUGUGUUCGCCGAAGUGAACGCGGACAAAGUUUUUUGGCGCUACCGUGGACCAAGCAAAGCGCUACAGUUGAUCCAGAAGGACACCACCGGGAUCGGACAGUUCAUUAGCACCAAAGCGAUCGGUAGCGACCAGCGGGAGGACAUCACGCAGAACUACAAGUGCGGUGAACAGUCGUCCGAGGCCACCAUUUCUAUGCUGCGAGCCCUGAAGCUCGGCCAAAGCUGUCUCACCAAGCACUAUCUCAAACUGGUUGACGUUGACGACCGUGUGUCGAUCAAGCACCAAGGCAAAGACGUUGAGUUCGAGCUGGUCCUCGACGAUCAAGCGCUGAUGGGUGAUUCAUUCCGUAUCGCUCUACGUAUAAGAAACAUUUCCCUCGCGGAUUCGUACACCGUCGGUGGACGGAUCCAUCUCAACCAUAUCCUGUACACGGGUAAAAACAUUAAAACCAUCAUAAGCCACCCAUUUUCGGUGGUGCUCGAUCCGAACGGUGAGGAAACGGUGGAGGUACCGAUCGCAUUCGAUGACUACUACGAGCCGGGCAUGAACGAGGCCAUUUUCAAGGUAACCAGUUUUGCUACCGUCAACGGGGUGGACUUUGAGUACUUUUCCCAGGAAGACUACCGACUCCGGAAGCCGGACGUGCAGUUGCAGCUCAACAGUGAUGCGAUCUAUCGAUCCUCAGUGAAGGUGAUUGCCUCGUUCCGUAAUCCACUGCCCAUACCGGUGACCAGCGGGGUCCUGAACAUCGAAUGUUCCGGGCUAUGCAAAACCCUCUCUAUUCCGGUUGAUGCGAUUGAAGCGAAUGGAAACUACGAGGUAGUGUUCUUGAUUGUACCCUCAUUUCUCGGCAGCAAUCAGCUGUUGGCCAAAUUUCAUUCCAACGAAUUGAACGACAUCGAAGGUUCGCUUAGCUUCGACGUCGCGUCAUCGGAAGAAAGCAAUUCAAUGCGGGAUGUUCUAUUUUUCUCCUGA